AUGCCAACCGUCAGCGUAGGGCGGGAUCGCCUGUUUGCGGCUUUAGGAAGAACUUACACGCAAGAGGAAUUCGAAGACUUGUGUUUCAGUUUCGGGAUCGAGCUCGAUGAUGUGGUAAACAUUUCGCCAUAUGACCUCCUGUGCCUUGAAGGGCUUGCUCAAGCACUCCGAGUUUUCUGUGAGAUCCAGGAGAUCCCCACUUAUAGAUUGUCUGACAUUAGUAAGAAUGCGAUGCUAAAAAUGCAUGUGAAGCCAGAGACUUGUCUGAUUCGUCCAUUUGUUGUAUGUGCUAUAUUAAGAGAUGUAACUUUUGAUAGAGCAAGAUACAACAGCUUUAUCGAUCUCCAAGACAAGCUUCACCAAAACAUAUGUCGCCGAAGAACUCUUGUUGCCAUCGGAACCCAUGAUCUGGAUAAAUUGGAGGGUCCUUUCACUUAUGAGGCUUUGCCACCUUCGAGCAUAACUUUUAUGCCACUUAAGCAGGAAAGGAACUUCAGGGCUGAUGAGUUAAUGGAGUUCUACAAAUCAGAUUUGAAAUUGAAGAAGUUCUUGCAUAUAAUCGAGGAUUCCCCUGUUUUCCCUGUAUUAUAUGACAGUAAGAGAACUGUGUUAUCUUUACCCCCAAUUAUUAAUGGUGCACAUUCAGCCAUCUCUCUGGAGACAAAGAAUGUAUUUAUUGAAUGUACUGCUACUGAUCUGACAAAGGCAAAGAUUGUUUUAAAUACAAUGGUAACAGCCUUCUCAGAAUAUUGCGCAAACAAAUUUGUCAUUGAACCAGUUGAAGUGAUUUCUUCUGAUGGCAAGUCAAACAUAUACCCUGAUUUAUCUUUCUACAAUAUGGAAGUUUCUCUAUCAUACAUUACUGGAUUAAUUGGGGUAUCAUUGGAGGCCGAAGAGGUCACUAAGUUUUUAAAUCGUAUGCAAUUACAUGCCAAGCAGUCUACAUCUGAUAAAAAACAAUGUAAAUUGGUAGUAUCUGUACCUCCUACUAGAAGUGAUGUUCUUCACCCAUGUGAUGUUAUGGAGGUAUUGAUAAUGACAGGCUUUGUCAUUCCUGAAUGCAUAUUGGAUCUAGAUGUGGCAAUUGCUUUUGGAUUCAAUGCUAUUAAGGAUAAAGCAGUAGUAGAUAAUAAGGGCUCAAAGAGGUUGGCUGCUUCCCUGACUCUACUUCCUCUGAACGAGAUGAGUGAUCUUAUCCGAAAAGAGGUUGCAUUGAUUGGGUUUACAGAGGUGUUGACAUUUAUACUCUGCUCUAAAAAGGAAAACUUUGCCAUGCUUAACCGCAAAGAUGAUAAAUCUAAAGCAGUUGUCAUUGGAAACCCCAGAUCUUCAGACUUUGAGGCUGUGCGGACUAGUCUUAUGCCUGGCAUUUUGAAAACUGUUGCUCACAACAAGGAUCAUCCAAAACCUAUAAAGAUUUUUGAAGUGGGUGAUAUAGCACUUUUGGAUGACAGUAGAGAUGUUGGUGCAAAAAAUCUUCGCCAACUUGCUGCUCUGUACUGUGGCGCUAAUGCCGGUUUUGAGAUAAUUCAUGGCUUGGUGGACAGAGUAAUGGAAAAGAAUGGUGUUUCCUUUGUUUCACCUGGUGAUAAGUCGGGCUAUUACAUUGAGCGGUCAGACGAACCCGAGUUUCUUGCUGGUAGACAAGCUAGAAUCAUUUACAAGGGAAAGCAUGCUGGCACUUUUGGCAUUGUUCAUCCGGAGGUAUUAAAUAACUUCGACAUUCCUGAUCCCUGCUCCUUUGUUGAACUUAACAUCGAAAGUUUUUUAUGA